AUGAAGCAACUUAUUCAGUUGAUCUGCCAAGCCAAUCCGCAUUCCACCAACACUUUUGCUGCUUUAUCAGCACCACCAACAAGAAACGCAUUUCAAACAGAUCUCCUUUCUUUCACUCAUUUUAUCUUUCAACAACUUUCAAAACCUCCUCCUAUUGAUUUCGAAGCCUCUCUUGCAAAAGCGAUGAAACUGCAAAAUGUGUACUUCCGCAAAGCGAUCAACGACGCUACGAAUCAUAUUAUAGGCAAUAUUGGAACUAGUAUUGGAAUUAUGGAUCAGAUAUUAGCGGUAAUAGAGAAUAUAGAUCAUAAUAUAAUUAGAUUGGAGAACUGUAUUUAG